GCAAUAAAAAUUCAUAACAUAUAUGAACACAAUAUCGUACACAUUCUGAUGAUAAUUCAUAUCCUUUUAAAUCUUAAGUGGCAUCUCCAGAACUAGUAAAAACAGCAUUUACUAACUUAAGCAGGCCAUCACUACUAAAUCCAGUAUUCUUUAAUGGGCGAAAGAAAUCUUGGUCGCGUUUAGUAUAUUGCAAAAUGGUAUAAUUCCAAUCCAAGAAGAAUCAGCCGGUUACGGUCACACAAAAAUACUCCACAGACAGAUUUCAAAUAAAAGAAAAAAAACGAACAAAAUAAAAAAAAAGAAAACCAUCAAGCAAAACAAAAAGAAGAAGAGAAAGAAAAAUUACACGAUCAGCCGACAUGUCGAGUCGUCGUCGUCGUCGAGGUAUGUAGACGAUAUAAAUGAAGUUACUCUUAUCGCACUCGAUCAAACCUGCUGCUGGAAAAUACGACUGCUGCUGUGCUUCUGACGCUGAGUAAAACGACCGACAACGACGAUCGCGACAGCGACUCUUCUACGUUGUCCGGAUGGUAGUUUCGGACAAGUAUUAGUGCUGGUGGUGAUGGUGGUAUCUGGUAUGGUUCUGUGUGUCUCUGGCUCGGCACUGUCUAGUGUGGUGUGGAGUUUAAUUACUCAGUGUUCAUCCAGAUGCGGUACGGUUCAAAUCGUUUAUCGGCAACAGGUUGCGAUACAUUUUAUUAAAUCAAGAUUCGAUUCAAACGCAACCAAUAUAGUUAAUUAAUAAAACAGUUAUAGUAAAGAGAAAUGAGUUCCAAAUGGCCGUUUGUGCUAUUCUUGCUGUUUAUUGUUUCCAUAUCCUGCGUACAAUGUAGAAAAAAUGGUGCCGAAGGCAGACGCAACAAGAAACAAGAUCGUCAACAAUCCGAUGAACAAGAAGAAGAAGAUUUAUCAUUAUGGAUCAAUGAACAACAAUUGCGAGUUCUAAGUGGCUUUAGUAUAAAAAUCUAUGCUAUACAAAAUGGAAAAGUCUACACAGAUCUACGAGAUCCAAACUUUAAUCAAUAUCUACCGACAAUACCCUCAGAAGUGAACAACGUCAACUUUACAUGGAAAUCAGGAAAUAAAAAGUAUGACUAUAAUUUCGAUCGUUUGAAAUCAACCGAUGAGAGUAUUCUUAAAACACCAACUGUUUCAAUUAAGACCAAAGGCAGAAUACCACAUCAUGAAAAAGAUUUUAGCAUUUUUCUACCAUGUACGGGAAACAACUCUGGAACGGCUAUGUUCAGCAUAGGUUUGCUUAUACAAAAUCGCAAAGGUAAACCUCUGCCAGGUACACCACUAAGGCUGCGUUUCAAAAAGGAAUGCGCACAUAGAGGUCCUGAUCCUCAAUGCAGUCUUAAGUGUGGCAACAAUGGCUUUUGCAAUCAUGAUAUAUGCCAAUGCAAAGCUGGCUAUAUGGGUCAAUACUGUCAAACAGCACUCUGCUAUCCCCAAUGUAUGAAUGGUGGAAAUUGUACAGCUCCAGCUGUAUGUUCAUGUCCGGAUGGCUAUCAAGGACGACAUUGUGAAGGUGGUAUUUGUGCGGAGAAAUGUUUGAAUGGAGGGAAAUGCAUUCAAAAAGACACCUGUCAUUGCUCAAAGGGCUAUUAUGGAUUGAGAUGCGAGUUUUCAAAAUGUGUUGUACCAUGCAGCAAUAAUGGACGUUGCAUUGGUAAUAAUUUAUGUCGGUGUCAAAAUGGCACCAGAGGUAAUCAUUGCGAGAUUGGAAGAAUACAGCGUUCGACUUGCAAAAGACGUUGUUGGCAUGGUGUUUGCCAAAAUCGCAAAUGCAAAUGUGACGAGGGUUGGCAAGGAAAGAAAUGCAACUCUCGAAAAAUAAAAAAAGGUCGCUCAAAAUCUAGUUAAAAAAAUACAACAAAUUUGAGAAAUUGAGAGAAUUCCUUCACACACACACAGUCAGUUUUAGUGUCAUUAUUAUAUAGCAUAGCUAUUAUGUAUGAGCUUCGCAUGGGAUAUAAAAUAUAAAUAUAUAUUAAAUUUGAAUUUGAAAAUUCAUAAAUAAAAUGUAAAACAA